AUGGGAGUAUCUGAAGGAUUACUGCUAGUCGCCUUGAUCUACGCCGCGGCGGCUUAUCUCCUAGGCAUCCCUCUACCGCCCCACCCGUACCCGACGUUGGCAUGGCUCUUGAUCAUCCAGGCGAUCCUAUCGAUCUACAACGGGGCUCCUGUGCGGCUCAUCAAUAAGCUCUCAGGCUCGACGUCCCAACCGUCUAGCCAAGGUGGUUCGCUCGCACACCUCACGGACCUGGAGAAAACCCGUUGGGCUUUCCUAUCGGCUAUGGCGGUCGGGACGGCGCUUCUGGCUCAGGCUGUUAUCUUUUCGGAGGACGGGCAAUGA